AUGCCGUGUUCUCCGGGCCACCAGGGGUCCUCCUCCUGCCCAAGGCUGACUCCCCGGCCAGCUUCUGUUCAGAGACUUGGUUGUCCUGCCAACAGCCCUGAUUCCCCGCUCCUUAUCAGAUCCCUGGUGUUUGGCUCCAGCGUCUCUCCAGAGACCCAGAUAAGCAGCCUCCAAGCCAAGCUCCAAACUGUCCCAGGAGCCCUCCCUGACUCCUGGUUAGAGCCCAGGACACAGACAUCAGCCGCCCUCCCCCACCCGCUCCAACCCUUCACUGCUCCAGUUUCGUUACAGCGUCACCUGCCAGACCCUUUCUUACCUGUGUCCCUGGGAGGGGGCAGAAGAGGAGAGUUGGUGACCUUCAAGGAUGUGGCUGUGGAUUUCACCCAGGAGGAGUGGCGCCUCUUGGACCCCCCUCAGAAGGAGCUGUACAAGGAGGUCAUGCUGGGGAAUGCCCAGAACCUGUUCUCUCUGGGACUCCCAGUUCCCAGAGAAGCUUUGGUCUCCCAGUUUGAGCAAGGGGAAGCACCAUGGAUGCUUCAGCAAGAAGGCCCCAGAACCUCCUGCCCAGAUGGAGAGCCCAGGCUGGAAAUAAGGAUGACUCCUUCAGGGCUGAGCAUUUCUGUGGAAGUAUCACUACAACAAAGAUUUAUGAGCGAUGGUGUCUGUGCCCUCAAUUUGAGAGAAAUCAGGGACUCUAAUAGCAAGAUCGAGAUAAAACAAAAGAGUCACCAUGAAUUUGAUAAAGACAGAAAGAGUUUCAGACAAUAUUCAAUCCUAACUCAGUAUAAGAAAAUGACUUCAGGGAAUGGCUUUGCUCAGGACAAGAAAUCCAGAGAAUGCUUUACUGAACAGGGUGAACUUGUUGAGUCUCAUGAGAAGCCUCUUGAAGUGCAAACGUAUCAAUGUAAUGAAUGUGAGAUGGCCUUCAGCUUGAAUUCAGACCUAACGAAACAUCAGAAAAGUCAUGCCAGAGAGAUACUUUAUAAAUGUAAUAAAGGUGAGAAGCCCUUCAGCCAUAAUUCAAAGCUCAUUGGGCACCAGAAAAUUCAAAAUGGAAACGUUAUGGAUGUAGUGAAUGUGGCUUUCAUAGAGAGUUCUAGUCUUGCUAGGCAUGAGAGAAUCCACACUGGAGAGAAAUUCUACAGAUGUAAUCAGUGUGGAAAGACUUUUAGUCUCAAAUACAGUCUUGCUAAGCAUGAGAGGAUUCACACUGGUGAGAAACCUUAUGCUUGUAAUCAUUGUGGAAAGACUUUCAGAUUCAAAUACAGUCUUGCUGUACAUCAGAGAGUCCACACUGGAGAGAAACCUUUUGAAUGUAAUCAGUGUGGAAAGAAUUUCAGACAGAGUUCCAAUCUUGCUAAUCAUCAAAGUAGAGUCCACACUGGAGAGAAACCUUAUGAAUGUAAUCAUUACGGAAAGAAUUUCAGAGACAGCUCCAGUCUUUCUACACAUCAGAGAAUCCACACUGGGGAGAAGCCUUAUGCAUGUAAUCAGUGUGGAAAGGCUUUCACUAAGAGCUACAAUCUUACUUUACAUCAGAAAAUCCACAGUAAAGAGAAACUUUAUGAAUGCAAUCAGUGUGGAAAAACUUUCACAAACACAUCCAAACUUACUUCACAUAAGAGAAUCCACACUGGAGGGAAACCUUAUGAUUGUCAUCAAUUUCUUCUCCAAAGCCAACCAAAAGAUGGAGCACCCAAGGCCAAUGGCAAAGUAGAUUUGAAAGUCUUUGCAUCUCCUCCCCUGAAACAUAGCAACUCACCCCCAAGGCCAAAGACUGACCAGGUGUGA